AUGCCGGACGCCGAGACGCUGUUCCUGCUGCUGGGGGUGUUCGGGCCGCGCAGCCGGCCGGUGCGGAAGGUGCAGCGGAUGCUGUUCUGGCUGCCGCGCUUCCGUCACCUGGACCCGCACCCGCUGCCCCCCGAGCUGCCCCCGGCCGGGCUGGGCACCGCGCGCCUGGCGCUGCGCCGCAUCGCCAGCGACCCCGCGGCCACCGUCACCGUCAUCCAGCGGCCGGUGCCGGACACGGGGGAGGAUGAAGGCUCUGUCCAGCCCUUCAUCGUCAGCUCGCAGAGCCCCGAGCAGCGGGAGCUCCUGGCCCAGCACGACCCUUCCCGGCCGGUGUUCGUGGAGGGGCCGUUCCCGCUCUGGCUCCGCGGGACCCCCCUCAAAUACUUCGUGUUACGGGGGGACCCCCUGCCCCCGGAGCUCAGGAACCCCCCUCCGGACCCCGAGCGCAGUUUUUACUUCCCCCUGCGCCUGGAGCUGGAGCUGGAGCGCGGCCCCUGGGACGACGACGAGUUCCACGUGGAGCCAGUGGAGGAGGGGCCGGUGUUGGGGCUGUGCGUGGCGGGGGCCGGCGACAGGCGCACCUUGGCCAGGUGGAUCUCGGCGCUGCAGGAGCUCAACCCCGUCCUGGGGCGCGCCCCCGUCGUCUUCCGCCUCGCCCCGAACGGGGACCCCCACCCCGACCCCCACCCCGACCCCUCCCCAGACCCCCAGACCCCCCGGCUGGGCACGGGGAACCCCCCGGGGGCGGCGCUGGAGCCCCCCGAGGGGCGGGAGGGGGGGGGAGACCCCCCGAAAAGGCGCCGUCGGAACGUGAACUGCCUGCGGCACGCGGUGAUCUGGUACGAGGACCACCGGCAGCGCUGCCCGUACGAGCCGCGGCUGGCGGAGCUGGACCCGUCGGUGGGGCUCUACACCACGGCCGUGUGGCAGUGCGAGCGCGGCCACCGCUACUUCCAGGACCUGCACUCGCCCCUGCGGCCACCCAGUUCGGGGGUCCCUCAGUUGCGGUACCCUCACAUUUCCCCCCCGGGGGUUCAGGGCAGGGCCGGGACCCCCAUUGGGGACCCCCAAAAAAACCCCCCCAAACCCCCGCGGGAACUCCCGGCAGCGCGCAUGCGCGCGGCGUGCACGCCUCUGACGUCACCCCCGCUCGCCGCUGACGUCACCCGAGCGCGCCGCGCCAUGAGCGCGGCCGAGCGCGGCCCCGGGGGUCCCGGGGGUCCCGACCCCGGCGGGGGCCGCAAAGCGCGGGGCCGGCCCCGCCUGACCGAGACGGACCGGGCCCGGCGGCGCCUGGAGUCGCGCAAGAAGUACGACGUGCGGCGGGUGUACCUGGGAGAGGCGCACGGGCCCUGGGUGGAGCUGCGGCGCCGCAGCGGAUGGAGCGACGCCAAGCUGGCGGCCUACCUGCUGGGGCUGGAGCGCGGGCAGCGCACCGGGCGGCGCGGGUGA